AUGAAUGUAUCUGAACUCGAAUCAUGCACAAAACUGGGCGAACCUGUACGCAACAAGCGGCGGCCGGCAUUGGCUUGCUUGCACUGUCGCAAGAGGAAAAUAAAGUGUGACCGUCAGACGCCCUGUUUAUCGUGCACAAAGGCAAACGAAACCUGUAUCUACGUCUAUGACAGCAGACGCACACCCACUACCGCCCCAUUCGAUGCUUCUGAAAUUCAAGUAUCUGUUUUCGAACAAACACCAAGGCGAGAGCUUAUUCGUGCCAUGGCGAGCCCCAAGUCCCCCGCGAAAUAUGACCCUUCGGUGGAAGAGUCCAGUGGCGGCACCUCCGGUUCACCGAGUAUUUCUGCUUCUAGUAAAUACUCUCUGCCACUCCAGGCAUCUGAAUCGGCUUCUGUAUUCCCGAUGGAACCUGGGCUGGAUCCCACAACAAUAUUGGAAGACAUUAUAGUACCAAGUAUCUCUCCGGCCCCUUAUACAUAUCCUAUCCCCUUAACGAAUACACCCGUGUCUGGUGUAUUCUAUAAAAGUAGAUACUAUGGGGAGAGCCAUUGGCUCAACUUCCUUCACCUCUCCCCCGAAGUGUGUUCGGCGAUCCAGACCCACGAGAGCAGGUAUAAUGAACCAGACCACAUAACCUUUGCGAAAUGCAAAUCGUUGAGUAGGAAUAUAAAAGCGAAUGAGAUUCUUGUGGCCCAUACUCUCAUUUCCAUCGGCUCGGUCCGAGAUCUGGUGCCCACUAAAACCGCUUCCACGCGUCUAGUGCAGGCGUAUAUUCGGACAUUCCAAACGGUCUUCGGGAUAUUGCAUAUUCCUUCAUUUAACGAAGAAUAUAAGGUCUUUUGGGACGAUUCUACAUACAACAACGAGGUAUUCGACAUAACACUUCUUCUCGUCAUGUAUAUUGGUUCUACCUUCUGUCCGAGUGAGACUGGUGUCACCCAUUCGAUGAUUGAUCGGUGGGUUCCGUAUAUCUUGUCGCGGUUAAGUACGUCUCAAGCCAGAAUAGGAUCUGACUUCGACAACCUCCGCAUACACACAUUACUACUACUAGCUCGCCAGACAAGGCGGUUCAGUUGUAAUGUACCGUGGCUAUCUAGCGGAUUCUUACUUCGAAUGGCCAUGCAGAUGGGCCUCCAUAUUGAUCCCGAAAACCAACCAAUACCUGUCGUGCUGUGUUCAGAGGUGGAACCGCGUCGACGACUAUGGGCUGCAAUUAUAGAACUGGAGGUGCAAUCUAGCUUGGACUACGGCCAUAUCCCGUGUAUCAACAGUGGGGAUUAUGACUGCCUGCCUCCAUCAAACAUUGACGACUCAACCUUUGCUGGAAACACAACAGCUGGCAUGCCCCAACCGUUAAACUUGUUGACCCAGACGUCUUUCCAGAUAUUAUUGAUGAUGACGAUGCCUAUCCGGUUGAAAAUAGUCAAGUUUGUCAAUGAUUUCCGAGCCGAGAAGUCGUUUGAAAAGGCCUUGGGCCUCGGCUCAGAGAUUUCGGCUACGUCGGACAAAUGCUUCGCCAUCAUAGAGGAUUAUCGCAUGAGCAGCCGACCUCCCACGGUAUUCCAAACUAAGAUGUUUGAACUCUUGGUAAAACGAUUUUUCAUGGCUCUUCAUCAUCCAUUUGCGACGAGGUCGAAUUAUGGUACGCACUACCAUUUUUCGCGCAAGCUAUGCCUUGACACAUCAGUUGCUCUAUUAUCAGGGGCUGUAGAGUCGACCAACGAUCACUUCUACCACAUCUCUUUAUAUGGGACAGGUUUAUAUUGCAACACAUAUACCCAAGCUGCACUCUACUUGGGCAGUGAGCUCGUGAAUACUUGUCAAAUGCAAGACGAUUGGUUAUUUACAGCUGCGACACAUGACGAAAUGCGAAAGGCCAUCGAUAGGUACCUCGAAUUGAGACUCGCACGACUUAAGGCUUGCGAUAGGGGUUUUAAAUAUUAUGUGUUUGUGUCAUGUCUCCUAGCCCAGGCUGAGGCGAAGCAGAUGGGCAGAUCCGAAGAGCUGGAGGUACAAAUGGCCUUGAAAAGGAGUCUCGAGAUGUGUUAUUCGACGCUUCAGACACAUACCCACAGCCAUGAGAUCAUCGAUUGGGAAAUGCUGGACGUGCACGCCAGUUUCGUUCAAACAGACGAGUUAUCAGAAAUUCCUCCAUGGGAUAAUGUAUUAGGUAUAUAGGCGCCCUGCCUUUGAAUACCGAUAGUUAGAGAAUGAAUAGACAAAAAUAACAUCCUUCAUUGAACAAAU